CACACCGAGACAGUAUUUUCGAUGUAAGACCAUCUCUCACUUAUUAUUCUCAAACUUGAAUUGUCUAUUUUUUCUGCCUGUUCCCUUAUUUACUUAAGUUGCUAUUCUAUUCGAAGACCGCACAGUCCUCCUAGUUUGAUCAUCGACCAAGAAUAACCUCGUGUCGUUGAAAAACAAGUCAGAUAUCCGCAACCAUCUACACAGCUUGAAAGGCAGGCCAACAAGCAAGCACAUUCGCACUUACGGCUUUUAUUAUCACAGCCUAGGAAAUCUUGGGUAAGAAAAUGCCUCGUUGUUUCAAGCACGUCGAACUCGUCGAGCGCAAGACGCAGACGCCUCGGACGACAUCAUCAUGGAUUCUGUACAUGAUCACACAAUUCGUUCUCUCGGUGGUAUUGUCAUAUUUCCUGUGUUGCCUAGGCUUUACAGCCUUCCAGCAGUCGGGUGUGUCCUUUGGGCCGCAAUGGCUAUCGUCCUAUUUUUUAACAUUCCAUUCACCGCACCACUCGGGGAACGCCAGCGUCUCGGCGCCAGCAUUCCUAUCGUAGGUGGUUUCUACGGGCGUGAUAAGGGGUGUACAGCCCGCAGGCCUUUCUUCUUGAACACGGUAUCAAUAUUGGACGAAAGCGAUAGCAAGACUAGGGGAGCUUGGCUUUGCAUGCUGGGCAUAGCUAGGUAUGCAGGGACACAUAGCUGUUUACCAAUGCAUCAAGAAGCUCACUACCCAAGACUCGCACGAGAGUACCAACAGCAGACAAAAAAAAAAAUUGGCUUUCCCUUGGGAGUGAUCGUGUUAUCUGGAAGUAACAGAGGGGCAGCGGGUGAAGCCGCCUCAGAUCUGCGCCGACUAGGCUUAGUUGGGCGAGAAAAGGGAAAAAAGGGACCAUUGGAAAGCAUGGCCAUUUGAAGUUAGCUCUGCCGCAAAUCGCAACUGAUUACAGCAAACUUCACGCAUGGAAUUGGCCCGGGAACUAGUUUAUCAUUUCAGGACGAAUUCGCCGCCAUUGGGUGCACGUGAAAUCCUGCCAGGUCUACGGAACCCACCCUGGUGGAUCUUCACACACCUUUUGAUACACGAGUACGAGGUGGGCAUAAGGGCAUCCCAUACCUGGUGAAGCAACCAAAAACCAUGAUACUCGGGCAGUAUAAUGCGUUAAAUGGCAUUUUCUUUCAGCAUUCAUGAGGGAGGGGGAUCAACGGCUAUGGCUUUUUUUUUUCUCUUUAGGUAACUGGAGUACAGGGUUCUCUCGGAGUUAUUUACAUAGGACUCAAUUGGGUGGUGCUCUUUGGAUGGAAACUUGGGUUAUUCGGGUUUACUGGGUCAUGAAGCAAAUGUGUAUGGGAAAGACGGACAAACAAUGGCCAAUUAGUGGCAAGGAGUACGACACAUAGAUCCAUCCGUUCAUUAACAUCCACACACACUCAUUCAUGUUUGUCGUGGCCAUAUUAACGGCGAUCGCUACAAUCUAUCGUUACCAAUAAGAGCUUGAUAGAUAGAUUCGUUCUUAUGAAGAAAAUGAGAUGAAAUUAAAUGAAAUAAAAUAAACAUUAUAUCAAA